UACGAGGGCCGGGCUGGGAUGGCCGCCAUUGUCCUGCGGCCGGGCUGCGAGCUGGAUGGGGCCUGUCUGUACAGCCACGUGGUGGAGUUCCUGCCCCCCUACGCCCGGCCCCGCUUCCUGAGAGUGCAGGACCAGCUGGCGAUGACACAGACCUUCAAGCAGCACAAGGUGCGUCUGGCCAGCGAGGGCUGCGACCCCACGCGCCUCCCGGACCCGCUGUACCUGCUUGACGACACCUCGGGGGCCUACGUGCCCCUGACCCCGCGGCUCUGGGAGGGCGUCGUCUCGGGGGCUGUCCGGAUAUAACCCCCCCGCCCCACCUGCCUCGGGCUCCCUCUGGCUGGGGGUCACCUGGGGAGACUACGAGUCCCAGCAUGCACCGCUCAGCACCAUUGCAUGCUGGGAGCUGUAGUCUCUUCUGGGUGCUCAGGGGAGCUGCGCUUCUUGGCCAGGGCUCUGGGGUGCUGCCUGCCCCCGGGGGGGGAAUGGGGCUCAGGUGGCUGCAGGAUUUUUCCCACGUUGCAGCCCCUGGUCCUUCCAGUGCCCCCCCACCCCCUGCGCCCCAUGUUUGUCACCCCCCCACUUCCU